UGGACUCCCGUUCAACUUUCAACCAAAUACCUCCUACCAUCUCAGUUCAAGUUUGUAGUGCGUUGAGAAAGUUGGUGUCAAAAGUCCAUGAUAACAGCCAGUAAACAAAGUUUGUAGAAACCGUGUUGCCGUGGACAUUUUGUUAACAAAAUGUGUGAUACAACGAAUGCCUCGACGCAGAGCAUAGCGGACUAUUUAGCACAGUUACUCAAAGAUAGGAAACAACUCGCAGCCUUUCCGAACGUAUUCAUUCACGUCGAACGUCUUCUGGACGAAGAAAUUGCAAAAGUUCGAGCUAGUCUCUUUCAAAUAAAUGGAGUGAAGAAGGAACCUCUUAUUUUGCCAGACGCUGAUGGCCCUGUUACGACACUCACAGAAAAAGUAUAUGUGCCAGUUAAAGAGCAUCCAGAUUUUAAUUUCGUGGGAAGGAUUCUGGGGCCUCGAGGAAUGACAGCUAAACAGUUAGAACAAGAAACAGGCUGCAAAAUUAUGGUUAGAGGGAAGGGCUCGAUGAGAGACAAAAAGAAGGAGGAUCAAAACAGAGGAAAACCCAACUGGGAACACCUUUCAGAUGAUCUGCAUGUACUUUUAACAGUAGAAGAUACAGAAAAUAGAGCACAAAUUAAGUUACAAAGGGCAGUAGAAGAAGUAAAAAAAUUAUUAGUGCCACAAGCGGAUGGUGAAGACGAACUGAAGAAAAGACAGUUGAUGGAGCUUGCCAUAAUAAACGGAACGUAUAGGGAUUCUAGUUCUAAGGCCGUUUCGGCGACAGCAUGCGACGACGAAUGGAGGCGUGUGGCGGCGGCUGCGGCCGAAACACAACGAUUGCUGUCACCAGCUAUCCCCGGUCUAGCCACACCCCUUCGCACUCCCGCCACACCAUUAGGUGCUCCUCUAAUACUCUCGCCCCGUAUGUCAGUACCAACUACGGCAGCAUCCAUUCUUAAUGGUUCUGCCCCCCCAGGUUCCCUGUUGUCCCCCGGGGAUCCCCACGGCCUUAUAUACACACCAUAUGCAGACUACACGAAUUACGCCGCGUUGGCAGCGUCUCCCCUACUAACGGAGUAUGCAACGGCCGAUCAUUCUGGUGCAGCGGCAGUAGCUGCGAAACAGCGCAGGCAUUUGGGGCAAAUAAGGGAGCAUCCUUACCAAAGAGCUGGUGCUCUUUCAUAAACCGAAAAGGCUUGGAGUGCUAACCUGUCACCUGCGCCACUCCACUAACGGAAACACCGGACCAUCUGAGGUAGCGGUACGUCUAACAUUACAUCACUAACAUUUUAUUUCACUACGUCAUCGUGCACUGUGUACUAAAGGAAACGUAACUUUAAAAUUACCAUUUUGGAAGCAAUAACAUAACAAUGUGUUUGUUACGUUCUUAGCAAAAUUACACGGAACAUUAAAUCUCACUUUUCUGUUCAAAUACCUCGACAUAGAUCUGCACUAUAUUGCUAAAACGUCCGUAGAGUUUUGCUUGAGUUGUUUUUUCACGUGGCAUAUUUGAUAUGCCGAUGAAGAUCGUGGAUAUUGUCGGUAUCCAGUGGAUUACUAAUACUUGUUAUAAUUUUCUCUGUAAAGUACAAACUUAUUUGCGUGCCAAUAAUGUUUAAUCAUGCACAUGUAAAAAAUAAACAUUAUCGCUGUAGACAAUUAUAAUUUAGCCUGCAGGAAAAUUCUGUUAGGUGGCACCUAGUAUCGAGUAGUUGUUUUAAUUAAAACUGAACUUAGUUGAUUAGUACUUACUGAAUUUUCCUGUUCGAUUCGAUCAGUUUAAGAAACAUUUGCAAUGUAAGUUGACUAAGGUAGGUAUAUAUUAGUUACUUAAAACACAUGUUAUUUAUGGAAAGAUCGAACAAAUAUUUCAUGUUGAUAUUAUCUAAAGUAAUGAUGGACAACAAUCUGAUGAUUUUUUUUAUUAUAGUUGUAAAAUUAUUUUUAAAAUACAUCAUUUAAAGAGAUCGAUUUAAUUUUUAAAAAUUAUGAAACGCGGUGUUUUAUAUUAUUUAUUAUUAAUGUUAAGUUUCGCAAAGUAAGCAAUAAAAUCUGAAUUGUUAUGUGCGGAUGUCUCAUAUAUUUCCGUCCAAAUGAUUUUUCGUCGAUUAAGCAAUAAAAAAUAAACAUCAAAACAUACUCAUUUUUUUUUGUUGUUGUAACAGGGGUUGAAUUUUUCUCGUGUGCAAUAGUUUUACAUCAGUCAUGUGCAAUUUUAGAGAAUAUUUUAUGAAAUUGUUUUCGGACAUGAAUUGUUUUGCUGAGAGUACUUUAAAGAUUUUUUAAUUAUUAUAAAUAUUUACAUAAUGUUGUACUUAGAUUAGAGAUUAAUUUGGUUUCUCAGAGUUUUAACGGAUUGUAUAUUAAAACAGUAAUCAAUUAACAAAUUUCGGAAAUGUUGUUAAUUGACUUAUUUUUUUAAUAUGCAUUGUUUAUACUCUAUGCUAAAAUAUUUUAACAAAAUAAUAAAGGCAUUAAUGAGGUAGCUUAUCGAAUACCUAUUAAUUUUAUAUAAUUAUAUGUUAAAGUAGAUGUAAUUUAUGUGUCAUAUUAAUAAUAUUUAAUGUUAUUAAUUUUUGUUGUACUUCAUAUGCCAAUUUUCAGCCUAUUUUUGGCUGUUGAGAUUAUGGUAAUGUAUUAUUGUGCACCAGCAAUUUAAUAAAUUCAUUAACUAAACGUUUUCAAUGCUUUUUCAUUACUCUUAUUAACACUAAUGGUGUUACUGUGUGACAUCACUUUGUUAAUCAAAAUACUAACAAAUACAAUAAUUUCAUUUUCGAAGUCAUUUGACUUAUCCGCGUUCGUCACUUCUAGUUUUUAACUGAAGGUUGUUUUAUUUCUAAAGCAAUAGGUGCAAACUUCAGUUACAAAUUUUGUGAAACUUCAUCAGGUUACCAUGUGAAUAAGAAAAUUCUAGACAUUCUUAGAAAAAUUUUAUUAAAUUAAUAAAUCAGUUACGAUCAA